AUGGAUGCAACCAUAUUACAAAUCAUCAUAGAUGAAUUUAAUGCCAACUGCAGCUUUCUGGAUGCUUUCCGGGAUACUUUUUUGGAGAGUUCCUCUAUUCCCUUCCUUGAAUUUGAUGGUCCAUAUUGCAAUGCCACCACCGAUCAGAUAGGGACCUGCUGGCCCAGGGCCACUGCUGGGGAACUGGUGGAAAGACCCUGCCCGGAGUUUUUCAACGGGAUCAAAUACAACACCACACGAAAUGCCUACAGAGAAUGCAUGGAAAACGGGACGUGGGCUUCCAAGAUCAACUACUCUCAGUGCGAACCUAUUCUGGAUGACAAGAGGAAGUACGCACUCCAUUACAAGAUUGCUCUCAUCAUAAACUACCUGGGACACUGUAUAUCUAUAGGAGCACUUAUUGUGGCUUUCAUGCUCUUCUUGUGCUUGAGGAGCAUCAGAUGCCUGCGAAAUAUCAUCCACUGGAACCUGAUCACCACGUUCAUUCUGCGGAAUGUGAUGUGGUUCCUGCUUCAGAUGAUUGAUCAUAACAUACAUGAAAGCAAUGAGCCCUGGUGUCGGUGUAUUACAACGAUCUACAAUUAUUUUGUGGUGACCAACUUCUUCUGGAUGUUUGUGGAAGGCUGCUAUUUACACACUGCAAUAGUGAUGACUUACUCCACAGAUAAGCUGAGGAAAUGGGUCUUCCUCUUCAUAGGAUGGUGUAUUCCUUGCCCAAUCAUUGUGGCCUGGGCCAUUGGAAAACUCUAUUAUGAAAAUGAACAAUGCUGGUUUGGAAAGGAACCAGGGAAGUACAUUGACUACAUAUAUCAAGGCCCAGUGAUUCUCGUUCUUCUGAUAAAUUUUGUAUUUCUGUUUAACAUCGUUAGGAUUUUAAUGACGAAACUGAGAGCGUCGACCACUUCAGAGACAAUACAGUACAGGAAAGCAGUAAAGGCGACAUUAGUCCUCCUGCCUCUCCUGGGCAUCACCUACAUGCUGUUCUUUGUCAACCCAGGCGAAGAUGAUAUUUCCCAGAUAGUCUUCAUCUACUUCAAUUCCUUCUUGCAGUCUUUUCAGGGUUUCUUUGUGUCAGUAUUUUACUGCUUCUUGAAUGGCGAGGUCCGCUCGGCCGCGAGGAAACGCUGGCACCGCUGCGUGGCCCGGGCCAUGUCGAUCCCCACCUCCCCGACGAGAAUCAGCUUCCACAGCAUCAAACAGACGGCCGCCGUUUGACCACGCAGCAGUCCAGCCACCUUCCGCCUUUUUCCCGAGUCCCCUCUUUGUCUGUCUCUCCUCCUCCUUUUCUCAGCACGGUGCGCUCUUCUUACAGCGAGGCACCCCCUUUUGUCUCGGUGGACAUUUCUCCAUUUCUGUACGACGCUGCUUUUAAGGCAACCAGCCACAACUCUAACGGAGGAGCACAGGAGGGGUGGGCGGGAGGCCGGAGAGGGAGCAGGACGAAUGGGAUUUAAAACUGGUGGCCCCAUUUGGCGAGUGUCAGCAUCGAGUGACAAUGGGGAACGCAGCUUGGUGGAAGGAACGAUCGAUUUUGUUUUUCUCUAAGGAUUGUGGUUAAGGAGACUGUUUUGACGAAAUCUCAUUCCACACUUCAGCACUCAAUGAUUUCAACCGUUUGUCUGUCUCCUUCUUUGAGCCUGGUAAAAAUCUCGCCUAGUGAGCAAGGCAGCAGGCAAAAGGAGGUCUGGGAGGGAGGGGAAGGAUUGAGGUGUGUGCAUCUUCUCCUCUGCUUCCUCUGCUGGACAGAGAUCACUGAACUAUUUAACAGCCGGCUGUUUGUCUUACUGGUGCCCGGCCUUGUUCGCACACAAGGUUUUGAAACUGACAGACUCAGCGGUGUCUCUGGAGCUCUCUAGAUUAUUGUGUUUCAUCUCUGCUUAGCCGAAUAGUUUUGAAACUGUUCUAGCAGCCACUGGGUGUCUUUAUUUUCCCCGGUGGCAAGGAAAAGGACAGUGGAGGAUUGGUUCAGGCUCAGCUGUGUGGCUUGGGUUUCAGAAUAAUAAAUUAAAAGGGAAACUGUGUACAAAAUACUGACUGAUGGCGACGGUGAUGAUGUGUGUGUUGCGAAGAAUGUGCAAAGUGCUGCACAGCAAGUAUCUCUUUUGCGUUUUGAUCUAGAGCAGACGUAUCUACUAGGCUUUUUAUGUGAUGUUCAGAAAUAUUGUAUAUUUUCAAUAAUAAACACAAUUCUGGGUUGGUUUCUAUUGA